AUGGUUGAAACAAAGCCCUUAAAGAACACCAAAGUGUUUGAGCCGAUUCAAGUCGGCCUCCACACAUUGAGCAACAGAAUUGUUCAUGCUCCAACCACUCGAUUAAGAGCAGCGGCAAACCAUGCACCUUCAGAUCUCACUUACAAGUAUUGUGACGACAGAACCAGGUUUGCAGGCUCAUUGAUGAUCACAGAAGGCACUAUGGUGUCUCCCAGAACGGGAAUAUUCAAUGGUUUUCCAGGUAUCUUCUCAAAGGAAAGUGUGGAGGCCUGGAAAAAAGUCUCGGACCGGAUCCAUGCCAAUGGGUCUUUUGUGUCGAUGCAACUUUGGCCUGCUGGCAGAACGGCUCAACCUGGGGCUAUGAAAGAGGCUGGAUACCCAUUGAUUGCGCCAUCUGCGAUUUAUGUGAGCGAAGAGUCCAAAAAGGCGGCGGAAACGGCAGGAAACCAGAUCCAUGAGCUCACUACGCAAGAAAUUGAGGACUUGGUGCAAAAUGACUUUGUCCAGGCGGCCAGAAACGCCAUUGCGGCCGGAAUGGACUAUGUGGAGCUUCAUGGAGCACACGGAUGUCUUGUAGACACUUUUUUCCAGGCCAGCACCAACAAGAGAUCAGACAAGUAUGGAGGAUCGAUCGAAAACAGGUCGAGGUUUGCCUUGGAAAUCAUCGACCGGUUGAUUGACGAGAUCGGAGCGGAAAAAGUUGCAGUUCGGAUUUCGCCAUGGGCCAAAUUUCAGGGCAUGAGUGCCGAGGACAGUGGAGUCAGCCCAGUGGCUCAGUUUGGCCAUUUUUUGGGCGAGCUCGAAAACAGAGCCAGAGCAGGAAAGAGAAUAGCCUAUGUGUCCGUUGUGGAGCCUAGAAUCAAUGGAAUUAUGGAGAUUGCACCAGGAGACAAUUACGGCGAUAACUCUUUUGUAAGAUCUGUUUGGAAGGGCAUAGUGAUCAAGGCAGGAAAUUACACCUACGAUGCUCCGGAAUUCAAAACGCUUUUGCAAGACGUCGAUGAUGGAAAGACUCUUGUUGCCUUUGGAAGAUAUUUCACUUCAAAUCCAGACUUGGUGCAAAGACUCCAUGAUGGGUUGGAUUUGGCUCCGUACCAGAGAGAUCUGUUCUACACUACUAAUAACUGGGGCUACAACACUUUUAAUAAAUGGGGCGAGACUGUUACAUUUGACGAGAGUGAAGAGGCCAAGAGGUUUCCGGGACCAAUCGAAGUCAAGGAAUAA